AUGGCCAAUCAGAAGCAACUGACACUUCCAAAAUGGUUCGAGAAGCUCGAAGGAAAAUCCAACUGGUCUUCUUGGCGCAAGGGUCUGCAUGAAGCUUUUAUGAAUGUCGAUCCUAUUUCCUGGGACGUCAUCAUGGACAGACUCGGUGAUGACAAGAUCAAGCAGGAAUCGACUACAACAGCAGAAGAAGAAAGCUUCGAUCCAAUAUUCUUGGAACAGGAUGAUUCAUCUGAAACCGACACCAACAGUCUGGAAGAGCCCGAGUUCUCCGUGACACGAACAAAUCACCUAAACCCCAAUUUCCCCCCAUUCGACAAGAAUCGGCCGGGAGAUCGGCGGAAGUUAAAUAUCCGUGCUCGUGAUCUUCUCGCCUCAGGUCUUGGCAAGCAACCAUUGUUAGAGAUAGAACGAGUGAUGGACGCACGCGAAGCGUACGUCAAACUCGAGAGCGUGUACGGGAAAACAUCUGCUCAGUCCGUGCACAUUGCGUGGGAGAAGUUCAGCAGAGUCCGUUACUCUACUCGUGGGCUCACUCCCGCUGCGUUCGUUGACCGUUUCCAAAAGAGUCUCCGCGAUGUGAAGGACCAGUGUGUGGAAGUUCCUCCUACUGUGGAGCUUGCUCAGUUCCAACAGGCAAUUAAGCCGAAUCCAAAUUCGACUACAUUCAUGGCAGAUAUGAAAGUGGAUAUCUAUGAUCCGAAUUUCAUGCAACUUGUCUACGAAGAUUUCCUCAAAGAUCAGUCGCCAAUAUGA